UAUUGGCCAAAGAUUUGUGGCACAUGUCUGUUCCUAGAGAUCUCUUCUCCUGGCAGAAUGAAAGCUUUAAUUCUGAUCACGUCUCUCCUUGCUGUGGCCUUUGCUACUGAUAAUAUCAACAUCAAUAACGAGGAUAACACUGGAACUGAUGUCCAUCAGACAGUGAACAUAGAUAACCAUGAUAAUGUUGCGAAUGUGAACCAGUACAAUGGUUGGAACUCAUGGGACAGCAUGUGGGACUUCAACAGAGGUCUCUUUGCUGUCCGCCUGUUGUCCAAGAAAGCUUGUGUAGUUAGCAGGAUAAACAGAAACGUGGCCCCCAACUUGGAACGUCUCAGCAAAGUCAGCCAGGAGAAGCAGAAAGCCAAUGCUCCCCCUCCCCCUUCAAUGACUUACACAGUGACAAAGAACCGAGUAAGGAAUGUGGCCCAGUUUGGGAAGCACAUAACAGCUCUGUGCAAGGAUAUCCCUACUUACCAUGCCACAGAGGUGCAAGAUCCGAGCCUGUAUGAGACCGAAUGCAUAAAGAACUCAAUUAUUACCAUUAUGGGUAUUUUCAUCUGUGGGUUACCCACCACUUGCCAGAACCUGCAGCUGUAGCUUCUUCAGUUCAUUUAAACUCUCAGUACUCAGUCAGAGCUGGUAUUCCAGCCGUCAGCAAUUAACAACCAUUCUAUGACUUUCUUUCAUAUAGACUUUUCUUUGUGUAAAUUCAUCAAUAUUAAAGGUUAAUGGUGCUUUUAACCUAUCAAUAACUGGGUUUGAAUACAACAAAAGGUGUAAAUGGUUUAUUUAUAAAGUAAAUCAAGGCUGAGGGCAUGUGUGAAAGGUGCUGCAAAGGAACAAUUGAUUACAUUUGCCCUUUGAUGAUUUCCUGGUAGGGGACAAUAUAUCAAUUUUUGACCUGUGCAAAUCAAAAUCAUUCCCAUCACAGAUACACUAACAUAUAUUAUACAUGUGGCUAUGUUCCUGAUAUAUGAUUAUGACAUAGAGAACCAAGAUCACAAGGCACUAUAGGUACAGUUAUACUUGAUAUAUUGACACAAUUCCAUUUAGCUGUGGAAACUGAGACCUACUUUUCAUUAACCUAUUGCAUUAUUCAUAAUCUAUGAGCACUGAGUAGACCAAAAUCAUUCUGUUUCACCUAAAAUUUUUAUUUAAAUGCAAAAAUCUGCUGACAUCUUGUGGCGAGUCUCUGAAGUUAAAGCUGCCUCUCAUUACAAACUCCAAUAAGGAAACCUAAUAUUCUGUUAUAACCCAGUAAGUUAAUGUUUCCUGGCCUUUCGUGUUUGGCGUCAGACUCAGAUUAAUAGUAAAAGUCAGCUGUUUGAAACACAAAUUGGUUUAGAGUGACUGUUUUAUCAUCUUAGAAUUGUCUAUAAAAUGUGUUGUGUAACUGCAUUAAAGAACUGGUACAUACAAAAAAUAAAGGAUAAGGAUAAAUGUGA